AUGACAUUUAAACUGACUUCUAUCGAGAGUUUACGCGCUUGUGGUGUGUUGGAGGAGUCAGUGGAGAAACUGAAUUUUUUAAGUAGCAUCACGCCAGACAUUUUGCAGCAUCGCGAGGAAUUGUCGCAAGUUGUAGGCGAUGACAUCUCUCGGAUUAUUCAGGAGCAGCGUCAACUUGAGAGCAAGUACGAGAAGCUUAUCGCUCAGCGAGCAAGUUUGAAAGGAUUAGCUAAUAAAUCAAAGUUUAAGAAAAAUCAAAGUAAGAUCGAGGAGGUUAGUCGACUACUACGAGAGUCCACCAAGAGCUUGUGUCGAAAUUUAAAAGAAAAUCCAAACUUUGCAGGAAAUCUGUUCAAGAUCCAACAGGAGCGCGAGGGUCUCUUAGAACUACUUAGUCACACAUUAACGGAGAUCAAAAAUCGUGGGACGUUUGAAUCGCUGGUUACGUUUGUAGCUGAUGGCAAGAGCACAGAAGAAAAAGCACAUGAAAUAUUCAAAAAGGAGCGUGAGGCAGUGGAUGAAGUGAAAAAGCUUGGGGUGGAACUUGCACGUGAAAAAUUAGAGCAUCAAAAGGCGGUUGCCGACUAUAAAACAGCAAUUUUUGGAUUAAAGGAGCAGAUACUUGCAUCUAAAUCUAAGGCACAAUUCGAUAUUCGAUACGCGCGUAAUGAAGCCAAAGCAAAGCGAAGCAGUACAGCGCGAAUGUAUCACCAACUAAUUGAAGAGCAACAAGAUCGUAUAAAAGAUCUGCAGGGUAAGUGUGAUACUGAGGUCAAGGUGCACGACGAAAGUGUACUUUUCCUUAAGAAACGACAUGAACAACUUCAGACAGAGCUAGCUGAAUGGAAUGUCAAGUAUCAGCAAGACUUACAAACUAAGCAAACUCAAUUGCAAGAGUUAAAUGACCGUAGAGCUGCUAAUUCACAGAGAUUAGAGUCUUAUCAAAAGCGGUGGCAACAAGAAAUGUUAGCUAACAAGCUUAAGCAGGAGGAACGGCAAAGAUUAUUAGAGUUGGAGGCAUUAAAAACGAAGGAGAUUAAGGCGCAGAGCUUAGCAGCAAAAAUCAUUCAGAGCGUCUUCCGCGCACACAUGGCAAAAAAAGAAGGAAAACGCAAGGCAAUCAAAUCCAAGAAAGCAGGCAAGAAAGGAGGAAAGAAAGGGGCGAAGAAGAAGGGAACGAAGUAG